AAUGUUUCAGAAAAAGUAUAUCCUCCUUUAAAAAAAAAUAUAUAAAAAAAAAACAUGUUUACACAGCCAUAACUGUAAGUCAUUAUGGUGUCUAAUGUGAUUCAGCAUUGAGAUAUGUUGUUUCAAACAGCCAGAGCAAUCAUGAUGUUUGCCUGUGUUCCCAUGCCAACACUGCGAGCAAUGCUGUCCAAGAAUCUACAUCCACAGCAAUAUGGGAGAAUCUUUGGGCUGCUUCAGCUGGUUCUGGCUGUGUCUGAUCUAUUGUCUAAUGUCUUCUUCACCUCCAUUUAUCCGCUGACUCUCGGCUGGUACAGUGGCUUCUGCUUUCUCCUCUCAGGUGCCAUUAGCUACAUCAGUGCCAUCCCAAUCCUUUAUCUAAGUGGCAGAGGUUUAAGACAUGGAACUGUUUGAAAGAAUGAACAUCUUCACAUGAGAAUGUUUAAGAACUGAUC